AUGCCAGAGGUGGAGCCAGCAUCUGAGCCUGCGUUAGAGUCUACUCCAGAGGCAGUGCCGGAGCCAGUGUCAGAGUCCACUCCAGAGCCAGUGCCGGAGUCAGAGCUCGAGCCUGAGCCUAGUCCAGAGUCAUCGUCAUCUACAGAGUUUGUACCCGAGUCCAGUCCAGAGCCCAAGUCGUCUACAGAGCUCGAGUCCAGUCCAGAUUCGUCUACAGAGCCCAAGCCCAGUCCAGAGCCGUCUACAGAGCCCAAGCCCAGUCCAGAGCCAUCUACAGAGCCCGAGCUCAGUCCAGAGUCCUCUACAGAGCCCGAGCCCAGUCCCGAGCCCUCUACAGAGCCCGAGCCCAGUCCCGAGCCCUCUACAGAGCUCGAGCCCAGUCCAGCGUCGUCUCCAGAGCCCGAGCCCAGUCCAGAGCUGUCUCCAGAGCUCGAGCCCAAAUCCAGUCCAGAGUCGCCUUCAGAGCUCGAGUCCAGUCCAGAGUCCAUGUCAUGUCUCGUGAUCAAGCCUACUCCUAGCCAAGAAUCCAAGUUGUGUCCAGAGCCUGAGCCCGAACUCCCACCAGGGCCCUGUAUGAUGGAUUUUCGCUCCCAGAAAGAGCUCUUUGGGAGGGGGUUCUGUCAGUCCUGCACACUGUGGUGCGUGCACCAAAAGGUGUGCCUUGGGCUGCGCGCGCGCCGAGUGAGCUCCAGCACUUUGUUCAAUUAA